AUGGAAGAUGCACCUUGUCAAACCCAUCAAACAGCAGAUGGUUUACCCCAUUUUCCUUCUCCCAAAACCAAUGCCCAAAACGGCAGUUCAUCCAGUAUACGUAAAGAAUUUGACCCUCCAGCAGCCGGGAUGGAAUUCGAGUCUUAUGACGAUGCGUACAAUUACUACAGCUGCUAUGCCCGCGAAGCGGGUUUUAGCGUGAGGGUUAAAAAUUCGUGGUUCAAAAGAAAUAGCCGAGAAAAAUACGGCGCCGUUUUAUGCUGCAGCAGCCAGGGAUUCAAACGGGCCAAAGACGUAAACCGACUCCGGAAGGAAACCAGAACCGGCUGCCCUGCCAUGAUGAGGAUGAGAUUAGUCGGCUCCAAAAGGUGGCGAAUUCUCGAAGUCAUUCUCGAUCACAACCAUGCACUGGGAGCAAAAGUUCACAAACCAGCAAAAAAUAAGCUAAUUUCUGAAUCUGACCCGGAAGCACAGCCCGCCAAAUUGUACCGAGCACUUGUUAUAGAUACGGCGAGUGAUGGGACCCUUAGUUUCGAUCUAAGACGGGCCGAUACCACAUCGGGCCCGCCCAACUUGUUGCCCGAAUCUCACCACAGGUUUUCCCUGUCCCACAUCGUGAGGAAAGUUCCGGAAAAACUCGGAGGCCUCCGAAACUACGACGCCGUGAGGAAGACUUUCCUGAAAGUAGUCUACGAGGCGCUAAAGCCGUUCGAUUUCGAGACCACGUGGGGUUUCAUGAUCCAACGGUUCGGAAUCGCCGACAACGAGUGGCUUCAGUCGUUGUACGAGGACCGGGCCCUGUGGGCCCCGGCCUACCUAAAGGACACGUUCUUCAUGGGAAUGGCCGAGUCGCUGAACCCGAUUUUCGACAAGUGCCUGCACAAGCAGACCCCACUGAAGGAAUUUCUCGACAAGUAUGAGCUGGCGCUGCAGAGGAAGCAACGGGAAGAAACGAGCGCCGACAUGGAGUCGAGAGGUUCGAAUCCCGAGCUGAGGACGAGAUGCCCGUUCGAAAUCCAGGUGUCGAAAAUAUACACUCGGGCGAUGUUCGAGAGGUUCCGAGUUGAGGUGAUGGAGAUGUACUCGUGCUUCCACACGAUGCAGGUGCACGCGGAUGGGCCCGUUUCGAUUUUCGUGGUGAAGGAAAGGGUGGCGGCGGCACUGCAGGAAGGGAACAGGAGAGAGGUUAGAGAGUUUGAGAUUCUCUACAACCGGGGCGCGGGCGAGGUUCGCUGCAUCUGCGGCUGUUUCAACUUGUACGGGUAUUUGUGCCGGCACGCGCUGUGUGUGCUGAACUUUAACGGGGUUGAGGAGAUUCCGGCGAGGUAUAUUCUGUCGAGGUGGAAAAAGGAUUACAAACGGUUGUGUGUUUCGGGUCGCGGGUCGGGCGGGUGUGAUAGUACGGGUCGGGUCGAGUGGAUGGGCCAGCUGUACCGAAGGGCGGUGCAGGUUGUGGAGGAAGGGGUGAUCUCGUUGGAUCAUUAUAAGGUGGCGUUGAGAGCGUUUGAGGAGUCUUUGGAAAGAAUGGACGAGGCUUCUGUUAACGGCGAACCUCCGCCGCUCGUUACCGGCGGAGAAUGCGCCAUGACGGAGUACGUCGGCCGAACCGGCCGCGUCCUACCGGGAGACAACCCUCUGCCGCCGGCUGUCGGGAUGGAAUUCGAGUCGUACGAAGACGUCUACUUCUUCUACAACUGCUACGCGAGGCAGCAGGGGUUUGGGGUCCGCGUGAGCAACACGUGGUACCGAAAGGGCAGGGAGAGGUACCGUGUGAAGCUGAGCUGCAGCAGCGCCGGUUUCAAGAAGCAGACCGCGGCCCAGCGCCCGAGGCCCGAAACUCGAACGGGCUGCGCCGCCAUGAUUAAGUUCAGGCUGAUGGAGGACAGUGGGCGUUGGAGGAUCAUAGAGACAGAGCUCGACCACAAUCAUCUGACGAGCCCGGUGGACGCCAGUUCAUACAAGUCACAUCGGGCCGUGUGUGUCGGGAGCAAGAGGCCCGUUGCAGAGAACGGUGUUGGGAAAAUCAGGCUGUUUAGGACAGUGGUCGUUGAUGAGGUAGAUGCUAGGGUUUCGGAUUUGGACAAUGGCAGAAUUGGGGCUAAAUUGAGUCUCGAAAAGGGCGAAUUUAAGCUGUUUGAGGAGUUUGAUGCAAUUUGGAAGGCGUUUGCUAGAGCAGUUUAUCACUCGUUGUGUGAGGAUGAGUUUGAGGACGCUUGGGAAGAAAUGGUGCUGAGAUAUGGACUCUCGAGUUGUGAUUUGAUAAAAGCGUUGUAUGAAGAGCGCAAGCGGUGGGCCCCAGUCUAUCUGAAGGAGGUUUACCUGGCAGGCAUGUUUCCUAUGAAAGAAAACGAGCUGUUGAUUUCACCUUUCGAGAGAUGCUUGAGGCCGAAUACUUCCCUCAGAGAAUUUCUCGGCAGUUACGAGCAUGCUAUAACUGAAAUCGAGCAAAGAGAAUCGUUAUCAGAUUUGGAAUCUAAAAGCUCGUGCCCCGUGCUAAAGUCGAACUUCUAUUUCGAGCUGCAGGUUUCGAAAUUAUACACAAACGAUGUGUUCAAGAAUUUUCAAGACGAGAUAGAGGGAAUGUAUUCGUGUCUGAGCAUAAGACAGAUGAGCAUUGAUGGUUCGAUUGCAACUUACAUCGUCAAAGAAGAUAUUCAAGUUGUAGAAAACAGAAGGGAGGUAAAAGAUUUCGAGGUGAUCUAUAAUACCUCAGAUGCUGAUAGUGUAUGUGCUUGUGGGCUAUUCAAUUUUAGGGGCUAUUUGUGCAGACAUUUAUUGAGUGUUAUCAAUCAACUCGGUUUGGAAGAAAUUCCUCCUCAAUAUGUGCUUGAAAGAUGGAGAAAGGACAUUGAACGUAAUUAUGUUUUCGAUUAUGGACACAAAGGUAUUGAUAUUCAUAACCCUUUGCAUAGAUACGAUAACUUGUACAAAUGUGUUGUGAAAGUUGUGGAGGAAGGGAGGAAAUCGCGUGAUCACUACAAGUUUGCAUUGGAUUCAUUGGAUGAGAUAUUAAACAGAGUUCGCAUUCAAGGGGAUUACACAGCAAAAUAA